CCCGGCGCAGUCCGGAUGCCCAGACGGAGGCGUUGGCGGGCGCGGGGCGCGCUCUGAGGUCGGGGAUGCGCCGCCGCCUCGACCAUGGGCGCCGUCGCCUCCAGGAGGAGGGCGCUGAGGAGCGAGGCCAUGUCCUCAGUGGCAGCCAAAGUGCGAGCAGCCCGAGCAUUUGGAGAGUACCUGUCUCAGAGUCACCCUGAGAACAGAAAUGGUGCAGACCACCUGCUAGCUGAUGCCUAUUCUGGCCACGACGGGUCCCCAGAGAUGCAGCCACCCCCCCAGAACAAGCGCCGCCUCUCCGUCAUCUCCAACAGCCGCUAUGAGGGCAGCUUGUCCGACGAGGCAGAUGGAGAGAAGCCAGCUGGCGAGGGCCCUGAGUCCCGUGUGUACACCAUCUCAGGCGAGCCAGCCCUCCUGCCCAGCCCUGAGGCCGAAGCCAUAGAGCUGGCAGUGGUGAAGGGUCGGCGCCAGGGCGGCCAUCACCACCACCAUGCCCAGCACCCUCGUGGCAGCCCUGGAGGCAGCCGUGACGACCUCAGUGGGCCCUGCCAGAGCUGGGCAGGCAGCCAGCAGGGGACUAAGGAGUGCCCUGGCUGUGCCCCGCUGGCCCCUGGCUCCUCCCCACGGGCCUUUGGGCUGGACCCACCGCCCCUGCCUGAGUCUGCAGGCCACCGCAAGAAGCUGGAGAGAAUGUGCAGUGUGGACCGUAUGUCAGAUGACAUCCCCAUCCGCACUUGGUUCCCCAAGGAGACCUUCUUCAGCUUCCAGACAGCAACUACAACUAUGCAAGCGAACUUCCGCAAGCACCUGCGCAUGGUCGGCAGCCGGAGGGUGAAGGCCCAGACGUUCGCUGAGCGGCGCGAGCGGAGCUUCAGCAGGUCCUGGAGCGACCCCACCCCCAUGAAAGCCGACACUUCCCACGACUCCCGAGACAGUAAUGAUCUGCAGAGCUCCUGCUGUACGCUGGAUGAAGACUUUGAGGGCCUGGACUGGGAGGCUGAGAAGGGGCUGGAGGCCGUGGCCUGUGACACAGAGGACUUUGUGCCCCCCAAGGUCAUGCUCAUCUCCUCCAAAGUGCCCAAAGCCGAGUACAUCCCCACAAUCAUCCGUAGGGACGAUCCCUCCAUCAUCCCCAUUCUCUAUGACCAUGAGCAUGCAACCUUUGAAGACAUCCUGGACGAGAUUGAGAAGAAACUCAACAUCUACCACAAGGGGGCCCGGAUCUGGAAAAUGCUCAUCUUCUGCCAGGGAGGCCCAGGACACCUCUAUCUGCUCAAGAAUAAGGUGGCCACGUUUGCCAAAGUGGAGAAGGAGGAAGACAUGAUCCACUUCUGGAAGCGUCUGAGCCGCCUGAUGAGCAAGGUGAACCCGGAGCCCAACGUUGUCCACAUCAUGGGCUGCUACAUCCUGGGCAAUCCCAACGGGGAGAAGCUCUUCCAGAGCCUCAGGACCCUCAUGACCCCAUACAAGGUCACCUUUGAAUCCCCCCUGGAACUGUCCGCCCAAGGGAAGCAGAUGAUUGAAACCUACUUUGACUUCCGGCUGUACCGCCUAUGGAAGAGCCGACAGCACUCAAAGUUGCUGGACCUUGACGAUGUCCUGUGAGG